AGCCAAAUCUGCAUCUGGCAACACUGCUAGUGUGUGUUGCUUCUUGUUGGUUGUUGAAAAUACAAUUAAAAAUUGAUUCCAGAGUAUUUAAAUAUUCAGCAUCGCCAGCACCACCUUGUUUAGCAAUAAAAAAGCAGCGCGGUGGCGGCAUCGAAAAUACCGAAAGAAGCACAAAAAGAAAAAUUUGCAAGGCACACUCAGCUGCGUCUGUGUGAGUGAGCGUGUGCGAGCGGAGCGCGCGUGUGCUUGUGUUAGUGUGUGUGCGAGUGCGAGUCUUUUUUGCCUUUGGUGCGUGCGCUGUUUUUCGAAGGGAGCCAGCCCCAUCAACAAAAAAAAGGAGGAAAAUUCACGUAUCCGUAAACUUGCAAGACGGAGAGCGGAGACCGAGUGAAAAACAACAAACAAACAAACCCAGGACCCAGUGCAGCUGCAAUGGAGAAGAGAAUAGAAUUGGAGCGACGCGCACGCAAAGCAAAUCAGAUCACAGAGCUGAAUCUGGACAACUGCCGGAGUACAAGCAUCGUUGGCCUUACAGACGAAUACACCGCCUUGGAAUCGCUCAGCUUGAUAAAUGUGGGCCUCACCACCCUGAAAGGUUUCCCCAAGCUGCCCAACUUGAAGAAGCUGGAGCUGUCCGACAACAGGAUCUCGAGCGGCCUCAAUUAUCUGACCACCAGCCCCAAACUGCAAUAUCUGAACUUGUCCGGCAACAAGAUCAAGGAUCUGGAUGCCCUCAAGCCCCUGGAGGAGUUCAAGAAUCUGGCAGUGCUCGAUCUGUUUAAUAACGAUGCCACCCAGGUGGAGAAUUACCGAGAGAAGAUCUUUAAGAUGCUGCCGUCGUUAAACUUUCUCGACGGCUUUGAUUGCAACGACGAGGAGGCGCAAUCCGACGGCGAUGAUGAUGAUGAGGUCAAUGGCAACGAUUCCGAGGAGGAAGUUUCCGGCGAUGAUGAUGACGAGGAGGGUGACAGCGAUGAGAGCGAGGAGGAGGAUAAUGGCGAGGUGUCCUUAUCGGAGGUGUACAAUGACGAUCUGGAGGAGGAUAACUCCGAUUGGGAGGAGGGCGAAGGUGCCGAGGAUGAUGAAGAUGAGGAUUCCGAUAUUGAUGAGGCCGAUGGUGAGGCAAAUGAGUCCGCGGCAUCAGUAAAUGCCAAUGACAAGGAUGGCGAGAAGGCAGGCGACGAGUCGCAAGCCCGGGGCAAGAAGAGAAAGCACGAUGGUUAAAACUCUUGAUCUGUCGCUGUAUCGUCUUUGUACGUUAUAAAUUUAAAUAUAUACAACCCACAAAACACACAAAACAACACACACACACUCAACACACACAUCAUAUUUUGAUAGUAAAGGAGACCCACAACUUGUUUCUCUAAAAUGUAAGCUAAAGUGGAGUGAAAAUAAUACAAAAUCGACGAAUAACAAAACACAGAGAGAGAGAAGAAGUCGGAGCAAAAUGAACGUAAUAAUCAAACAAACAAAGCAAAAGAGCAGAAAAAAUGAUAAGUUUAAGCGACAACAACCAAGAGGAACCAACCAACCAAUUACUAUAUAGCCUCAUCCCGAAACCAGAGUUCCAGUUCCCCCGUUUGAGCCCCCCUUUCACAUCAGUUGUAAAGUUGCUUAGCCCUAGGUUUAUCAAGUAUAUACAUUUAUAAACUGUACAAUUUGUAACCCUCUUGCGUCUCUUGCUGUCAAAUUUUAAAGCAAAAACACUCUUUUAUUUUUUUUGUACAACUGCUGCUUUUGUCAGACGUUUUAUUCGAUUUACAAAUAUUACUGCUAAGAACUUUGAACUAACUCUUAAGUCAUUCCUUCUUUUCAAUACGGAUAUAAGUUGUAAGCAAAAUCUACGCAUAGAGCUCAAUUCAAAUCACGUUUUCAUUGUUACACCCACCCACCCACAAAUCUCUUAUUUCCGCUCUCGUAACCGUGUUCCAUAUUUCUCCAUACGGAAAUCGUUUUCCUUUAUGUAUUUUUAAGAAAUUUCUACCUUCACCGAAACCCAAAAAUUGUUUCCACUUUUUCAAAGGCAGUAGCAUGUUUUUAUUUUGGGACAUGAUUUUUCAUUAAAUAAACAAAGAAAAAAAAGUAAAAGGCCCCAAAACGUUAAUUUAGCGAGAUGAUGAAAUGUGUCUGUAAGAAACCCCCCAGCCCAUUGAAACUGAAAUACAUAAACUAAAUCAUUUUAAA